AUGUCACAAUUACUUAACAAAAACCUACUGAAUACGGAACCAUCCUAUGAUAUAUUAGUAGAAAUCGAUAACUUUAGAGUUUCAGAUACAGAAGAAAUAGAGGAUGUACAAAAUCAAAUAGUAGAGGAAGGCUCGGAUACGAAAAAAACAGAGAAUGCACAAAAUCAAAUAAUAGAAGAUCCAACAGGUGCAUGGGAAGAUUCGGAUGAUGAGAAAGUUUGUGUAUCAUUACAAAGUAAAAGUAUGUUAAAAAAAUUAAGAAAAAAUGAAGAUGAAGAUGUUAUAUCCGGUGAUCAAUAUGAGAAACGACUAAGACAACAAUUUGAGAAACUAUACCCAACGCCUAAUUGGGCCACUGUUCCUUCAAAACGAAAAAGACAAACUCAAGACAAUUCUGACUCAUCAGAUGAUGAACCACUGGAAGUGCUAGACAUUCGCAAUGAGUCUGACACACUUAAUGAAUUAGAUACAGUAAAAAAGUUAAUAUCAAAAAAAAAGCUUGAAGUUACAAAAAUGAAACAUGUCAAUCAACAGGCUUAUUCACAAAGUGUAAUUCAAAGUAUCGCUUUUCAUCCAAAUGCACAAGUUGCCAUGACCGCUGGGUUAGAUAAAACAAUACGCUUAUUUCAAAUAGAUGGUAAAAUCAAUCCGAAAAUCCAAUCUUUCGUACUGAAAGAUCUGCCCAUUUAUCGAGCAGCAUUCAACCCAAAUGGGACUGAAAUCAUUGCUGCUGGACAGAAAAAAUACUUUUAUAUAUUUAACAUUGAAGCUGGAAGCAUCAAUAAAUCUAACGGGAUUUAUGGGUUCCGAGAUAAAUCACUAGAAAAUUUUUCAAUCUCUCCUUGCGGACAAUAUAUUGUUUUUGCAGGAAGUAGUGGAUAUUUGGUUUUGGUCAGCAAUCGAACUAAGCAAUGGGUCGCAAACAUGAAAAUGAAUGGUACUGUUACAUCUAUUGAUUGGUCUGGUGAUAGUCGAUAUUUGUAUUCAGUUGGAAGUGAUGCAGAAGUAUAUCAAUGGGAUGUUAAUACGCGAAGAUGUGUCCAUCGAUUUAGAGAUGAUGGAGGGUUUAAGCCUAUGAAGAUAUCAGUAUCGAAGAAUGGUCAAUACUUUGCUAUUGGAUCUAAUUCUGGUAUCGUUAAUGUUUAUGACGAGACUUGCUUAGUUUUACCAAAUCCUAAGCCUUUAAGGUCAAUUAUGAAUUUGACGACAAGCGUUCACGACAUGAAAUUCAAUCAUGAUGCUCAAAUACUUGGAAUCUCGAGUCAUUCUAAAAAAAAUCAAUUAAAAAUGGUACAUUUACCAUCUCUUAAUGUGUUUCCAAAUUGGCCAAACAAUUUGACUCCUCUUAAUUACGUUCAAUGUUUUGAUUUCUCGCCUGCAAGCGGUUACAUUGCUAUAGGUAAUGAUAAGGGUAAAGCACUUUUGUACAAACUUAGGCAUUACCCUGUGGCUUGA